AUGGGUCAGAUAGCACAACAGUUAGCUUCAAACUCUCAAGCCUCGGGUACCCUACCUAGUGGUACGGUGACAAACCCGCGAGAACAUAACACUGUUAACGUUGUCACAACCCGAAGUGGGAAGUCAGUAGAGGAAAAUGAUAUAGAAAAAGAUGGAUUGAUAGAGGUGGAUUUAGAAAUCAAGGAAACAAAGAAUCAAGAUGAAGAAGUGAUACCACCUCCUGUCAAGGAGAAAGAGAAGGUUCCUAAACCAGCUGCUCCUGAGAAGUCCUCUGACGAUGAUGAGCGACCCAUUGUCCAAGUUUUGAAAAACCCAGGUCAACCACGUUCGACAGAUCCACCUGUCUCUUCUCAAUCCAAGAAAUCCAAAAAAAAUAAACGUUCUGCUGCCACAGAACCUGAGCUGACCCCACAGCCGACUCAGCCAUCGUCUCAACACUCCCACCAAUCCAAAGGCCACCAGGGCCAAAAAAGGAAGAAGCAUGAUUCUCUCUCUAGGAGUGGUGAAGCCAAGAAGAAAAAACACCACAAAGUGCUCACUCUAGAGGCUCCUUCUCUAGACGCCGACACUAUUGUGGUCGACACGUCUAUCCUUAAUAAAGUCCCCGAUCUAGCUGUGGGGACUUCGAAGUCGACCAUCACCCCAUUUGCUGCUGUCUUGGAGGAAGAGAAUCCAGAUGUCGUUCUCCCUACACCGACACAGGGUGAUGCUUCUGGUGAGCCAUCUCACCAUGUCGCAGACUAUACUCCCUCUUCGCCGACUUCUUCUCCAUCUCACCAAGCACCCUCUGUCGUCACUGCUGGUGAGUUCAUUGGCUUCCCUAUCCAGAUUAGUGAUAGUGACUCUGAUUCAGUCACUAGCCCUGCAACGCACAUGUUUUCUAGUUCGACUAGUUCUGACUCUAGUCUUUCUUCAGCUUCCUUGCCUUUGCAAGAUUCAAGGGGACCAAGGGAUGAUGGCAUCAUAAAAACCCAGCCUGCUCAGACUACUCCUCUAUCGACUACUUCCCCUUCAUCCUCCCAGGGGCUGGCAAUAAAGCCUCUGCUCUAG